ACAUUUGUGGUGAAUAUCACAAUAAGAAAUGAUUCUUAUCAAAUCUUUCAACCUAAAAGUCAUUUAACAGUAUCAAAUUUUAAUGGCUUUUCCAAUUUAAUUGACUCAAGUGUAAUAGCUUUCAAUUAUUCCGAGUCUGUUGGGGCAUUUUGUAUGAUAAAUAUUCAAACUAUGACAAGUCAAUUACCUGCUUUUGGACAAUUGGUCAGCCAGCAGUCGGGAAAUACAAGAAGAAUUCGAACAUUGAGCGUUCCAUGUGAUGAUUUUAUUCAGCUUGGAAUACGGUAUGAACAUUUGAUUCCACCAACACCUAAUAUUGAUUUUAUUGCACUUACUGUGGAAGUUAGUGAGCCAAAUAGCAGUGAUGAACCAAUUGAAGAAACAUACUAUCUGCCUGUUGAUAUUGAGGCUGCAUUUCCAAACCAGCCUCCAACUGCAUUGCACAUGAGCAUGUAUGUAUUAGAAGUGGACCAAUUUAUUCUUACUACAAUUGCUCCAUCGAUUCUUUCUGCCAAGGAUGAUGAGACAGCCAAAGGUGAAUUAAUAUUUGAAGUUGUGAGUAAGAUUAACAUGAGUGAAGGCUAUAUAGUACAUCUCAACGACCAAUCACAGCCAAUCGUGUCAUUCAAGCAGUAUGAUGUACAGAUGUUGAACAUUGCCUACAAACCACCAAACACAAGUUCCUCCGAAAGAAGGAAUUUUGAAAUGAGUUUUAUCGUUUAUGAUAACUAUUUUGCUAAAAGUAAGUUGAUUAAUCUGAUGUUUUCUGUACGCAACUCUGUUACUGAUGCCCCAAGGAUCAUCAUUAACAAAGGUUUGUCUUUGCUAGAAGGGCAAUCUCGCAUCAUAUCCUCUGACCACCUUCAGAUUGUUGACAAUGAUAACAUUGACAGAGUGCGCAUUAAAGUGAUGGGUGGUUUGUUGCAUGGCAAGUUAUACAAAGGAGACAGUACAGUAGUGUUGUUCACUCCAACCGAUAUUUUAAAUGGUCUUAUAACAUACCAGCAUGAUGAUUCAGAUUCAGAAAGUGAUAGCAUAGAACUCCGUGUUAGUGAUAUAAGAAACAGCGUCCACGCCACUUUCCCAAUCAAUAUCUUACCUAAAGAUGAUACAGCACCUUAUCUGAUUCGUAAUGUGCAGUUCAGUGUGAAUGAGGGUGCAGUGUUAAGAAUUACAAAAGACCUUCUUCUGGCUUCAGAUGUCGAUUCUCCAAAUGACUUUAUUUUAUUUAAAAUUAUGGUUCCACCAUCUGCUGGAGAGAUCCUGAAAAAGUUUUCACCUGAAGCUUUUGGAUAUCCUGUGACUGAAUUUACUCAGAGAGAUUUGCAACAUGGCCGCAUUUAUUAUAGUCACCUUGGUGAAGAAAUCUUUGAAGACUUUUUUGAUAUUGUUCUCCUUGAUAACCAAAUUCCUCCAAACAUGUCUCCAAGGCAACUGGUUAUGGUAAUGAUUGAGCCAGUAGAUGAUCUGCCACCAUAUUUGGUGGUAGGCACUACUCUUGGAAUUUCUGUGUUUGAAACAGAAAUUGGUAUUAUAACUCAACAAAAUUUACGUUACACUGAUGCUGAAUCACCAGAUGAGGAACUCUUGUAUGUCAUCACAACACCACCGCAUUUUGCAGAUACAUACAGUCUGACAGAUGCUGGACGAAUAAUAUCAACAUCCGGAAUGGCAGUGCUAUCUAAAGAUCCUCAACAUGAAGUCAUCACAUCCUUCACACAAGAGGAGAUUGAUCACCUCAGGAUUGCAUACAUGCCACCAUUUAAAGAAAUUGGGCCACAUGCUCGGACUGUACAAUUUAUUUAUUCUGUUCAUGAUAAACAUGGUAAUUCUGUUCUUGGUCAAGUUUUUAAUAUAACAAUUCUUCCAGUUGAUAACCAAACACCUGAAAUCCUGUGUAAUGAUAUAAUGGUGAGAGAGGGUGACUCAACCAUUAUAACUCAUUUGAUGUUAGCAGUAACUGAUAUGGAUACAGAAUUGAGUAGUGUGAUUCUACGAGUGACAGCAACUCCACAUCAUGGCAGUCUACAAUUAAAAAAUGUGAACCUGGCCAGUGGGGAAACUUUUUCAAUGCAAGAUAUUAAGCAGCAAAGAUUAAGGUAUGUUCAUGAUGGCUCAGAAACUUUGAGGGAUUCCAUUACACUGACAGCAAAUGAUGGAAUCCACACUGCAACAAGAGAUCUUCUAGUGAUUAUUGCUCCAGUUAAUGAUGGAGUUCCUCAGAUUUUGCCUGGCCUCGUUAAGAAUCUCUCACUACCAGAGGGAGGGGAAAUAUCUCUUACAACUGAUGUAUUGGCAGCUACUGAUGUUGACACGCAUGUAUGCUGA